AUGAUCACAGACCAGUACGUCCUGGAGGCGUUUGAGGCUAUAGAUAAAGCCUUGGAACUAACACUUCAACAAUCGUCUUUGGCACAGCAGCAUACCAAUAGCAAUACCACUCAAUUGAAAAGUUUACAAGAUAGAUUAUGGCUGGUGAGAAAUGAAGUUUCACAAUUGAGCGCUGAUCUGCGUCACGGAAAGUCCCCCCGUGGUGCAGAUCUGAAACUCUUGGAGCAAGUGCUCCGGGAACUCCACGCAAGCGAGGCUAUCUCGCAGGAUUUCGUUUCCAUCUCAAACGAUGUGGAGUUUUCGGUCCGUUCGGCAAUCUCACAGUACAUUGCCGUGUGUCUAUACUAUUCUGCGGUUCAUACUUCGUUGGAUCAACUGCCUUUGGUGUCAGAUACCGCACGCUACUACGAUGGAGUCCUGGGUGGGACUCGUUGGUCAAUCCUCUACGCACUUCAAGUCCUGCCCAGCAGGAUGGUAUCUUUUGGAGAAUCAAUCAAGGGCGACAUGCGUGUUCCGAGGAGUACUGCCGAGAUCACAACCUUGCAAGGAAAUUUGAGGGCCGCUAUCUCACACUGGUACCAAAAAAUGUUGAAACAGGCUGAUAAACUUGUUAUGAUCCAUAACUUCGAGCUCGUAGGACUUCCAACAGAUGCCAAGAAGUGGGCUCGCUCGCUAUGUGCGCUCCCGCUUGCCGCGGUCCGCAACGAAGUCCGCGCCAAGCGCCAGAUUGCCGACAGUCACUUUGAUGAUGUCGCCAGGAGACUUGGUGCCUUAAUGACAAACUUCCCCAAAGCUCAAAAUCUGGAAGCUCAGGUCUCUUCUUUAAAUGCAUUUCUUGGGAAAGAAUCGCGCGAAAAGUCUCCCAGCGGUUUUGAACGAGAUUUAUUAGCUUUAAUACCGCAAGUCCAAGCCUUAAAGCCAGCAGAUCAUUUUCAAAAACCUACAUUUUGGACCCGUUACUGGAUUCCAUUUGUUUGUACACUUGCCUACGGGCCGUCGUCUGCUAUCUCCAUCUGGCAAUCUCGCUAUAGGAUUCUACAGUUCUGCCAAGAAAACAUCGUGGAUUUUUGCUCCGGCUUGCUACACAACUGGGUUUGGGUACCCUUGCAACAAGUCUGGAGUACAGUACGCCAUGAUGAAAAAAAUUCGACCAUUGCUAUUGCUUCUAAAGGCUCGCUAGAGUCUGAAUUUGGCUCUUUGACCAGAAUGGUUGUACAACUGGUAGCGGAAAACUCCAGUGAACCCAUUGACACUGCUUCUCUAGCUGCUCAGGUAGAAACCGGUGAUUUAACAGAGUUCAUGCAAAUCUAUGAACAUCAAAUACAUCAUCCAAUCAAAAAUAUAGUGAGUGGGAAGCUCGUUCGCUCGCUAUUGAUCCAAUUACAAAAGACAAAAGUCGAUGGCUCCUUGGCGCUAAGCGGUAUUGACCAAUUACUACAGUCACAACAGUUGGUAUUUGGUGUCGUUGCAAUGUCUCCCGCAUUGCUAAUUAUCUAUUGCGUCUGGGUGUGCGCGUAUAGGUUCGCAAAAUUAGGUCGAAUUUGGUCCAAUACUGCUCAAUUCAAAUAUAGAAUAUCGUCCAGUUUGAACAACAUCGAAAGGCUUCUUAAUUACAACCAGGCCAAUGUUAGUUCCACCGAUAAAGAUCUUAAUACGGGCUUACUAGCUCUUGAAGUCGUUUCUGCACGUCAUUACGGUGAUAAAUUAGUACCAAAGAACCGUAGAGCCGAGUGGACGAGGGACAUUGGAGAGUUAGUGGACGCCAAUCUGAGCUACGCUGCACGUUUGAAUGUGGUUAACAGAAUUUAUCACGUUUAUGCUAGGUACCUAAGAUAA